UCCUGCUGUGCCCUCUGCGGUGGCUCCCCCCCGCUCCCCCCACCCUCCUCCACCGACGACGAAAGUCCUCGUUCAAAGUUGCUGUGAUCGGUAGAGGUAUCCGUGGGGGUGCUCGAGGAAAACGGAGAACAUGGUGGCGACGAAACGAACGGGCACGUCAACUUCAACUCUCCUGCUGGCGGCAACGGCAGCGUUCUCUAUUCUCCCGCAGGAGACAAGAGCUUACAGCGGUACCGUUCCCAUAUUCCCUGACAUCGCUGCGGGGAAGAGCAAGGCGGCGGCGGUGGCCUACGAGGCUCAGUGCAGAAAAAGGCCAAAAGUAUUUGCUCCCAGAGCAGUAAUACGGGCUACUGACCUAACGAAGGUAUUCGACACUCACCACAUUUUUUUCAAGGACGAGCACGUGACGGCGCUGGAUGGAGUUACCGCUGAUAUCCACGGGCCGGGAUCGGUGGCCUUGGUGGGGCCUUGGAACUCUGGGAAGUCAACCUUCCUCAAAUGCCUCGCCGGUCUCGAAGCCCCGACGUCCGGUGAAAUCACGGUGAGCGGUCUCCGCAAGCCCGUCUACGUCGGCCGAGCCAUCACCAGCACAACGGGAAAGACGGUCCGGCAGCUCCUGAGGGAGGAAGUAGCGUCCCACCUCCCGGGCAAGAACAACGGGCGCCAGGUGGAGCUGACGACGAACACUCUGCUCGGAGCACUGGAGCUGCACGGGGUCAGCCUUACAAAGGACCGGGACCUGAGCGGGGGCGAGGUCUACCGGUUCGCGAUGGCGAUGGCGUUAGCCCGGGGCUGCGGCUCCCCGACCCCCCCUGUGCUGCUGCUGGACGACAUGUUUGACAGGAGCGACAAGAGGGUGAGGCAGGGGGUCGAGUUCACUCUCUUCGACCUCCAGAAGAAGAUGGGUGUCAUGCUCAUGUUCACAGCCCCGGGAAACGACGCCGUAGUGCAAGAGCUGGGUCGCCAGGUGGCGGAGUUUUCGGAGGGGAAGAUAGAGGAGGUGACGGUACACGAAAAAUCGCGCUACGCCCGCCAAAUGUUCGAGCUAAUGCGGAGGGAUAUCGAAGAGCAGGCUCGCCGCUUCCGGAGGCAGAGCGACGCCGACUCGCUAGCGAGUUUCCUUACCUUCGCCUGACUCGGCGAUGGACCGGGCGAUCUUCCCUAGCGCCCACCUUGACGGUGGACGGGACGAUCUACGUGAUCUACGAAACUCCUGACUUGACGAUGGACCGGGCGAUCUACGUGAUCUACGAAGCUCCUGACUUGACGGCGGACGGGGCGAUCUACGUGAUCUACCAAACUACGCCGCACACAUAAACCGGUGGAGCCUGGGGACGGCAUACACCCGAAAGUCGGAAGGAAUGACAGUGUAGUGUCGAUAAAUGCGUGCGUGCGUGUCUUGCGUACCGAUCCUUGGAUUGCCAAGUUGGAUGUGGCGGGAACGAACAGGCUGUUUUCCCGAAGGCCAAAGCACAUUCUCGCCGCUGAUUUUUAGCACCGUACGCGAGGCGUUUCUAUUGCCUUUGUUGGAGGUGUUGUAGAUACUCGUCGGUGGUUUUAUUUCGCAAAGCUCCGGUGUUCGUCGCUCUCACCAUCGAGGAGAGUGAGCUAAGAGAGCAGCUGCCUAGAUUAGAGCACGCAGUAAAGGAUAAUAUGUUGUAGGUGGUUGAUGAUCGAGGCAUGCGUUCGAGCUUGAGGACCGAUUUUGACGUAGUUUUGUUUUUUUAUUGAGAGUAGAGGG